AUGCCUCAAUACAAACUGUGUUAUUUCAAUCUCCGCGGAUGGGCUGAACCAGCUCGCCAGCUUUUCAAAUUGGCUCAUGUCGAGUUUGAAGACGUCAGAAUUGAAAAUGGAACUCCAGAAUGGGAAGCAUUGAAACCAAAAACUCCAUUUGGACAACUUCCAUUCCUUACCGUCGAUGGAUUUGAGAUCCCACAAUCUGCUGCAAUUUUGAGAUAUUUGGGAAGAAAGUUCGGAUACGCAGGAAAGACUCCAGAAGAAGAAGCAUGGGUUGAUGCAAUCGUUGACCAAUUCAAAGACUUUGUGACCCCUCUUCGUCAGAUAAUAAUGGCUCAAAGAGGGGGUGAUGCUGCGGAAAUUCAGCGAGUUAAAACAGAAGUUUUCGAGCCAGCAAGAGAUGGUUUCUUCAAGAUUCUCAAUGGGAUUCUGGAAAAGAGUCAGUCAGGAUUUCUAGUUGGAAAUAGUGUCACUUGGGCAGAUCUCGUCAUUGCUGAUAUCAUCACAACAAUGGAAAAAUUGGGAGUUUUCGAUGUGGCUGCAGAGGGAAACAAAAAAUUGGUUCAAUUCCGAGAGAAAGUGAAUGCGAUUCCUGAAAUCAAGGAGCAUAACGAAACAAGACCAGAUUCAGUUGUCUGA